ACUUCUGAGACAUUAUACACAAAUACGUCUAAAAAAUAUAUUAAAUGUGCGCAACACUAAACAAAAUGUCAUCUUUUGAGGGCUGCCUGCUUAGGACACAAAACAGGAAGUUGUAAGCAUUGCGGGACGUGUAGUUCCGCUUUCGAGGCCGAUCGGCUUGAUAACAACGCGAGGAAGAACGAAACAAAAAUAAAUUAGAUACAACUUCAAUAGAUAAACUUGUCAUCAGAUUUUCGUUGUAAUAAACAUGCCUGGAUUCACCUGCUGUGUCCCUGGCUGCUACAACAACUCUCAUCGGGACAGAGCGCUGCGGUUCUACACAUUUCCAAAGGAUACCACGCAAAGGGAGAUUUGGCUCAAGAACAUCUCCCGGGCCGGGGUGAGCGGCUGUUUUAGUACCUUCCAACCCACUACGGGACACCGCGUCUGUAGCGUACACUUUCCCGGUGGCAGAAAGACCUAUACCGUUCGAGUACCGACGCUCUUCCCGCUGAGAGGAGUGAAUGAACGCAAGAACCGAAGGGGCAGGAACAGGAAAGCGUCUGUGGCGGCUCCUGUUCCAGCCCCUAGUCCAGGCAGCAUUGUCAUCACCAACGUUGUUUCGAUAGCCGCUGAGAACGCUCAGAGCGAUGCAGUCACCGACACAGCUGCUACUGGUGGCCCUAUCGUGGUGCAGAUCGGCCCGGACGGCGAAUACCUCGGACCUGUAAAUCCACCCGCGCAGGGUGACGCGACCUGUUUUACUGCAGUCGUCUCCAGCUCCACUGACCUGGCCGGGGGCGACGAAACCCCUGCGGACGCCGCGGCCGCUGUCCAGCAGUACUACAGCGUUGUCAGCAACCCGCUGGACCACGCGUACUCGCUGACCACCGGGACCACCUCGGCCGAACUGCUUCGGAAGCUGAACGAGCAGCGGGACAUCAUCGCACUCAUGGAAGUUAAGAUGAAGGAGAUGAACGCAACCAUCCGCCAGCUGCGCGUGACGGAGGCCAAGCUACAGGAGGAGGUGCGCGAGCGGGACCGUUUGCUGUGCGCUGGAGCAGCGGUAAAGAAAAUAUGACAAUAAUUCCCACCCAAAGGAUGGAUAGCUAAAGACCGUCGCGACCUAAGACUCUAACGUGAGAUGAAUCGGGUCCGUGGAGAACAGAGCAAACCCUCUUUUGUACGAAAGCGAUGACAAUUUAUUUUCAAUAGAGGAGAUAGCUACUUUUUCGUCUACUAAUGCUAUUUUUGGCUAGUUAGUUGAUAGUAAAAAUCCCAUAGUUGCCUAUAAAACAUUACCCAAUUUAGUCCACCCAUGUGUUUGCUAAGUGCAAGCAGCCUUUUAGGGGAGUGUAAAAACAUUGGCGAAUGCGUACUUGUGGAUCUCCUGGCUGCAACUCUGUAGCCUACUUUCGACAUAGAACAUUUUAAAUGGGGGAUGGGGGAAUUAUUAGGCCAUUGUUUUGUUGUUAAGCUGUUUGUGUUUGUAUGUCAGUCUGCAGUUGAAUUCUCCUUGCAGAAUAUUGAACACCAGCUUUUCAGUUCAGAGGCCAUCCUCCAAAACAAGGUUGCUCUGUGACUCUGACUGUGGGAAAGAUGUGCUUGGCAUCAUGGAAGUAUGUGUGCUUAUGAGGUGCCUAUUUCCCACCAGAGACCUGUCUUGAUCCAUGGCUCCAUCUGAUUGUAAGGCUUUUACACCACCUAAAUGUUCACUGUGACCUUGCGUGUCUCAACCUUCUCCUCACAAAUGGUUUGAUACAGUAUCUGCAGAGUUGCUACUCAAGCAUGGAUGUUAUGUUAACCUCUGACUGUUGAACUUUGACCUGACAGCAAUUACUGUCAUGUGAUGACUGUUCUGAAACUUAAACCAUAUCAAUUUGAAGUAAAUUUCAUUAUGAAAUAAUA